AUUUUAGUGUUCAAGUGCUAUCUGCUAUCGCUCUUUAAUGUCUUGUCGUCAACUUGUUUUUUAAUUUAUUUUAUUUGAGCUGACCGAAUAUAUAACGCAGACAAUAGCACGGAAAUGGGGUUGAGGCGUGGACGAAACAAAUGCAAGUUCCUGAUGGACUAGACACACUAGACUUAUCAACAAUAAAGAAUAAACUUUUUUUAAAAAUAAAAUUUUAAUUUAAAAGUUAUCAAUAGGAAACUUUUAUAUUUUAUAUAUUGUUAAUUUAUUAUAAUUUUAAUUGAGUUUAAUAAGUUAUGAAAUUAUGAUGACUGCAAUGGCAAGAUUACCCUGCAAAACAUCUAAUUCAAAUGAAUACCAGCAACAUCACCAGCAAAUUCAUCAACAACAUCAUCAGAGACAGAGUAGCGCAAGUGGUAAUUUAUUUGCUGGUAAUAGCGCAAGAAAUUUUUGGGACAUCCAGACACGACAAUCCAAUCAAACUUAUGUAAGAUCCCAGCACAGACAAGUUGAUCAUACAGGUAAAAGAAAGAGUGCAGUUGAAUUACUACAAGAAUCAAAAGCAUUUUAUGUUAAAAGUGAGAUAGUAUUAGACCGUAAACAAGAAUUAAAAAAUAGUGGACAUUUGCAAGUCGCGGCAUCAACAGCAGCAGGUGCACCGCCACGUUUAUUACGUAAAUGCAGCAAUCCAAUAACAUGUAAUAUACCUUUAGCAUCUCAAGGAUCCUCACAAUUGUCUGGAACAUCUGGACCCCCAUGUUGUUGGUCCAACUGUCAAGACAAUGUUAUAUUAAGUCCACAACGUACACUGCCUCCAGCAUUGCCACCAAAAAGUCCACGACUAAUAUGUUCAUUACCACAAAGACGUGCAAUAUCAGGACCACCAAGCAGUAAUGGUGCUGGUGAUCAACUACAAACAAAGUUACGUAGAUUAUUAGUAAACACUGAUAGUAAAGAAAAUGUUUUUUUUUCAUCUGAUAAUCCGACUUUAUUAUCACCCGUUUUUGGACAACAUGAUGAUCAGCAUUCAUCAAAUACAUUGGAUGUAAGAUUUAAAUUUGGACGUAGUAAUUCACAUUCAUCAUCAGCGAAAACAAGUAACAGGAAAUUAAAUAAUAGUACAUCACCACCGCCUACAGAUACGACAAUUUGUCAUAAAUCAUUACCAGAUUUACAUACUACAGUAAGACGUCGUUCAUCACUGUCGCCCCGCGCUUCUAUAAAAUCACCAAGAUCAUCAGCAUCUAAAACCACAUCAUUGACUACCACAACCCAUCAUCAUUUGACCUCAACAAAUUGUCCCGAUUGUGAAACAAGUUCAGAUUACUCCGAACACAGUUUUAAGCGCGACUCAAACUGUUAUCGCAGCUCGAGACAUAUAAGGAGAUCCAUGGGAUCAGGUGGCUGUGAUGCCAGUAGUGUAUUAAGUUCUGGUGGACGUACGCAGAAAUCAUCUGGGUCAAGUAAACUGAGCCACGGAGCUAACGCCAGAGAUUCUGGUGGUUCUUCUGGACACUGUACACAUCGCAGUGAGCCUCCACCACGAGUACAAGACUGUUGGAGUCACGUAAGACGUGACAGUGGCGCAUCAACCCAACAUUCAAACGAACAUCCACGUUCACGUAGAGGUAGUUACAUCGGUAUACAAACGACCACAGUCAUAAGGACGUACAGUCCUGAUUCUGAAAGUAGCGAGGAUCAGACUGAUUAUAGUCCUACAUGUAAUUCUAGAUUUUCUGAUGGCUGGAAAGAAAAUCGAAAUCGACCAAUUUUACGUUCAAAAUCGGACAUAAGCGAUCGUUAUUGGCGUAACGAUAAUAAUUUACAUCAACAUUUACACAACCAACGUAAAGCAUUACAGCGUUCGGGUCCGCCUUCGCGGUCAUUAGCAGAGUUGGAAAAUUUUUUCGAUAAACUUGGUUUGGACAGUGAUAAUUACGAGCAGAUAACGGUACCGGCAUCAAAUACAUCCUCACCGGUAUAUUUCGAUAGCGUUAGCUCUGUUGAUUCCGCACUGGGCCUCCAUCCGUGGACGGGAAUUAAUCAACAGUCUAGUAAUGGUACCGGUAAAAAUUGGCCAGGUGGAGGUGGAGGUGGGGGUGGGGGUGGAGGUGCUGGAGUAAGUGGUAAUUGUCCUAAUACAGGUCAAGAAGACACUAGUCAACGUGUUAGCGACCCACCUAGUAUUGUUGAACGUAAUGCAAGAAUAAUUAAAUGGCUGUGUCAGUGUCGAAAACUUCAAUUUGGUUACACUUGAAUUAAAUUUUUUUUUUUUUUUUAUUAAUUUCACUAAUAUUAUAAUUUUUUAAUUUUUUAUUGCGAUUUAAUUGUGCCAUUUUUUUAAUUUUUUAUAAUUUAAAAAUUAUUUUUCAUUGUAAAAAUGCAUGUAAUUUUCAUUAUU